AUGUACCGGCAAACGAGCGCACGAACAAACGGACGGACCACCUCAGUGAAGCCACUGACGCCGACGAUCAUGUCUGGGAUCAACUUGACGAUCGAAAGUCGUGGAAAAAUUAAAGGUGUUCUAAAGAAUGGCAUUGCGAAUCUUGUUCCAUCGCUACCCGUUUCCCGUCAGCGUUUAUCCGACCAACAAAAAAGGCCUCUGCUUGGUGAUGAAAAGCGUCUUUCAGAUCUCGGCGUGGAAAACGUGGCUACACUGACGUUGAAAGAUCUAGGACCUCAGAUCAGCUGGCGCACUGUAUUCCUUGUAGAGUACGCUGGCCCCUUGGUCAUUCACCCUCUCAUUUACUUGGGCGCCCCGCUUCUGUGGGCUAGAUUCGGAUAUCCUUUCUCCAUGUCAUUCGUACAAACGACUGUUUUCGUGCUGGUGAUGGCACACUUUCUCAAGCGCGAGCUCGAGUCAGUGUUCGUUCAUCGCUUCUCGAACGCCACCAUGCCAGCCUUCAACAUUGUAAAAAACUCGACCCACUACUGGUUACUGUCGGGCGUAGUUCUUGGCGGUGGUGUGUAUUCACCUUCACUUGGGGUUGAGGCCGUGCGCGGAACUGUUCGCGACAACCAUGCAUUUAUUUGGUUCUUUGUUUUGUUAUGGCUCCUAUCAGAACUAGGCAAUUUCCAUGCUCACAUCACCCUGAUGAACUUGCGCCCGAAGGGAAGGUGA